CGUUGCGUGAGUGCACUUCGAUCUUGACCUUGGCUCUGAGGAAGAAUAUUCCGCUACGCUUCCACAAGAGACAGUGAGCUGCGGAAAGAUGACAAGCACGGAUUGGACGAUUUCAUUCUCAGUAUUUCUGUGUUAUGACAGACGCAAGGAUAGUCUUCGGUUUGUAGGCAUCCUCUUACCCUUUAUCUAUAUUCGUGUAAACAGAACAUGGGUAUGUGUUGUUGCUUUCACUGUGUUUAGAAAUAACAGACUGUACAGCUCAGAUUCUCAAAGCGUGAGCUCCACAGCUCCACUUUAGACCAACACAGUAAACAUGGAUUUACUUUGUAUGUGCCAGCUUGUGUUAGUCGUCAUCGCGUCGUCUGGUGUUUUAUACUAUAUCUUUUCUUUUUCUCCCUCACGCUCACUUCGCCUGCCCUGUUUUCACAAUCACUUGUUCCUACUGAAUUUAGACAAACACUUCACCCCAGCUGUAGGCAAGUGCACGCAACAAUGGAAGAGCACGCAGCACACUGGGAGGCCACCAUGCUGGGAGCGCCGUUCUGGAAGGACGCCGAGGCAUGGAACCAGCCCAUCAACGACUUCAUCGACGCGGUUCAUGACCAGACUCUCCUCAUCCGCUUUCCGUUCAAUCUCGAUCGUGAAGAAGCCAGUCGUGCCCACAAGCGGCGUCGCCGCUACAGCAUGAGCGACGUCCUCACCCGCACUACAGCCGAGUUCUCGACAUUGCUAAUGGCCGGAUCUCAGAAGUCAGAGCGCGCGAAGCGCUCUCGCUCCGAGAGCCGCACUCGCUCGCAGCCAUUCGCGCGGUCCCCAAGCACAGCAUCCAACAGCAACCAGAGUUCCACUUCCCUCCUCCGCUCCGCGCUCCACCGCAUGAGUCGCAAGAGAAUCGGGUCCGGCGAGCAUGAGCAGGAGCAGGAGCAAGAGUCCUUGGUUCCUGCGGCUGACGGAACCGAACAGCAGCAACAGCAACAACCCCGGAUCAUGCUCUUCUCUCCGGACCAGGCCACGCCGACCAACCCACUCCUAGAGUUCCGCGGCGGCGAGACCUGGGCGCGUAUCCCGCAGAGCCGACGCACGCUGGGCAUUGACGUGUACCUACCCACUAACACAGCCGCCCCAGCAGCAGACGCAGCACCGGACGCGGAUCCCGCUGGGGAGCAAGCAGACGCGGACGAAGAAGAUGUAGAGGGCGAGAUCAUCCAGAUCGAGAUCCUGCCGCUGGAGCAGCUGUUCCCGCUCAUCCACUUCCGCGGUCUCCGCUCGCUUAAGAUCACGGGUAUGGUGCAGUCGUACCAGACCUAUAUCUGGCAGGCGGCGUGGCUGAACACCGGCCUGGAGGACCUGGAGCUUGCCAUGGUCUGUGAGCCUCGCUUCCGUCGGGCGUUCACCGGGAGUUGGCCGUACAUCAAGGGCGGGUGGACGCUGAAUCAAGUGCACUACGGUGAGCCGGUCUAUCAUGGCGACGGCACCGGACAGCUUGAUCGCACUAUCGGCGAAGGCGAAUAUCUCGAUAAGCUGGUCAUCGAGAAAGCAAAAGUGUGCGCCAUGGCCAUCGGAUACACCCGCCACAAGUUCUCGAUCCGCACACUGACACUGACCGGGUUCGUGGUCGACGCGGAUCCGUUCCUGCACUGGUUUGACGUCAAGCGACUCAAGUGUCUGCACUUCAAAGACAUCUGUGUGGAUGCGGGGUUCUAUCUGUGUGAGCCCAUGAAGAGGGUCUCGAUUCUGUUCCCGCGGCUGGUGGACGAGAAUGCGGUCGUUGCGCACCGGGUGGAUCCGCUCGCGGAGUUGAAGGUGGUGCAGUUGCGUGGGGGGAGGAAGGUGGGCGAGAUUCCGUUUACUGGGCCUGAGAGUCUGGAUCAAGAAAUUCCGGAGAUGGCAAGGUCAAAGGUCAGGCUUGUGGUCCCACGCUAUGAGCACCUCACCUUUCUUUCACCUUCACUUCAGUUCUCUGUCUCUUACUUUGGUUUCUUUGAGCUGUUUUUCUGAUGGCGUGGUCGAAUCGCUUACGAUUCUCUCAUCUUCAGCGAUAUUUACUUCCUGUGCAUUGUUUGGCGCAACAGAUGGCAUUCUCACAUCAUGGCAUGGGAUUGAACUAGCGAGGUGUUGGUAAUGUCUAAUGUUCUAAUGAUGCGGGGAGGGUGGAUGGUAUGAUGGAGAAAAAGAAG